AAGGGAGUUAGAAUCGACCUCAAACCUCUCAAAACCACCAGAGACCCUCUGGAAGCCUCUUAGGAAAUUGGGACUUUAUCAACUAGCUCAUACAGCAAACUUAUAGGUCUCUAGGCGCCGCUUCGAUGCUAAUUUUCACUAAAAUACAAGGUGCACGAUUACCAGAUGAAUUUUUUAUGUAAGCUUAAGUGUCGAUUUACAAGUCUUUUGAGCUAUAAAUUUAGAUCUAUUUGCCGAAAAAAAAGUUGAUGUAUGACUCAUAAACGUCUAAGAAUUCAUGAACGGAAGCACUUUUUGGCAAUGGCUGUUAGAUCAAAAUUUCCUUUAGUUGUCUUUCCUUAUGCUAAAGGACUUGUGAAUCUGAAGGAUGAAUUUUACUUGUCCGAUUUUGACCAAUCGCUUUUUCUAACGUCCGGUCAGAUUUUUUUUCAUUUUCUGCUGUACAGUAUAUACUUUUUAUAAGAAGUUGGGAAUUUAGUCGUGAAUAUAUUAGUUAUCUUUUUUACUGGUCUAACUUGAGUACUGAGUUUUUCUGUGCGCCCAACACGUGUAAGCUAGAACCUUUAAGAGUAGUCUAGAAAGAUAAAACAAACAGUUUUCUUCAGAAUGAAACGUUUUCAGACUCUGAAAGAUAUUUCUCUUUCGAAAAAACAUUAAAAUUUUACUUGUUCUCAUCACUUCAAAGCUCAUUAUAAUAGCCACUUUACUAAACUGAUCAUAGCUUUAACAAGAAACGUCUUGCAGAGCUUGGAGGCGCCACAUUUUGAAGAGAAUUAUUUACUCUAUUCCUGCGAUUAUUUCUUGAGUUGCUGGCCUUAAAAAAGGUUUUCUAAAGAUCUUUUGGAAAACUAAGCCUUAGUCAUAAUAGAAGAUUAUUGUGGAAACUUUCGAUAUUUGUUGUCUUUCGAACUAGACUUAGUUUAGGAAGUCUCAAUGUUUCAAGCCUCUAUCCGUUAACCACAUAGAAAACAUCAUUACUCAAUUGAGAAUUAUAUUUUUGACUGAACCAUGCAUUUUUUUAGUCGAGAUUUUUAUAUCAUGGAUUGAAUAUGAAAAGUAUAUUUUGAUUAGAAAUUUCAAUGAAAAAUAUUGUGCCCCAUUCAGGAAGAAUCUCAGUUUUAUUCAACUUUUUCACCGUGAUGGCGCUGGUUAUUGCGACAUCUGUAAUUCUUAAACAGAGUAUUCUCAAUAAGUUGUAUUAAAACUACAGAUUAAUCUAAGACAGAUCAAAAUACUUUUAUUCUGAUCUUGUCCGAUUUUAGCUACCAUUCUUCCACUCACAUGCACCCAUUUCAAACUCGGAUGUCCUAGAUGUAUGACCCUUUAACAAUACAAUUAAUGGACGCGAAAUAAGAAUAUUUAAUAUUACUGGUAUGUUUACGGGUUGUUAUUUAGUCGAAGCAUUAUUACAAUCAACAUUAGAAUGUUUUUAUCAACAACAAUGUUUAAGACAUUUAGAAUAUCAUUUAAAUUCGACAUCAAAAGAUAACAUAACUUUACUUAGUUUAUCUGUUAAUAGUAAGUAUCAAUCAAAUACAACUAUUGGUGAUAUUGUUUACCAAUUGAUGGUUGAACAAUGGAAUCCAAAUGUAUCAUAUUAUCAGUAUUAUCAACAAUGUCAACCAAAACAAUGUACAUAUACAUAUGUACAACGCUUUGUUAUUAUUUACAUUAUAGCAACAAUCUUAGGCUUAGUCGGUGGUCUAACAACAAUUUUUAGAAUGUAG